UUAUUUUUUUUUUUUUUUUUGGCUGAUCAUUCUCUCCGUUUUCCCACCGCCGCUGUCCCCACCCUCAGCCUCCCUCUGCCGCAGCAAUAGCCGAGCCGAGCUUCUGCCGACGAUAUGCCCGUGGCGCCUCCACUCAUCACGCUGCGCCGGGCACUGUCGUUGGCACUCGUGCUGGCUGUCGUGCUCCAGAGUGCCGCUGCGACGACGGACGCCGAGAUCAUUGCUGCUCAAGCACAUGAGGACGGUCGCGCGCUCGCCGCUGAGCCGCCGGUCGGCCUGUUCGAUGCCACGCACCACACACAAGCACAGUCGCACCAGACGCGACGACAGCUGCGUGAGAGUGGCGACUCAUGUCCCGUGAAUGCGACCUGGCCCAGAUUCAGAAAUGACAAUCAAAAUUCUGGAGCGAAUGGAUGCUCGACCUUGCAGCAAGACCCAAACUCUACGUGGGUUUUCGAUUUUUCCCAGGACACAAUGGUCGGGGCAAUCACCGCCUGGAUGUCCUCCACGAACGCAAGUGUGCCUGAAACGCCUCUGCUGCUGACGGCAAGUGCUCGCACGCAAUCCAUCUAUGCCAUUAACAUUACCGAUGGGACGCUGUUCUGGUCGCAACAACUGGGCCAGUCGCUGGGCUACAUUGCAGGCGUCUCGCCGCCAAGCAACACGAACGACCUGUAUGUGACUUGCGACGAUUGCCACGGUCUCUACCAUGUCAACCUGGAGAACGGUACCUCGAGUUUGUUGUACACGAUCGACAACAGACUGGACGUCCUGUGGUCGCCCUUCUUCCUGUCCAGUGACGGCCCCGCGCUUCUCGCCUUGUCCAAAUCGCUCACUGUGCUCAAGAUUGAUAUUGCGAGCGGGGAUGCGCUUUGGCAGUACUCGGUGAGCAGAUUUGGCGAUUCGAGCUUUCCAGACAGCUUUGCAGUCUCUCGAAAUGAAUCCGUUGCGGUCUUUUGCUUCAACACGCCAGGCACGGUUAUCAGGCUCGAUAUGGGCUCGACCCGUACUGUGCUCUGGAGUCGAGUGAUUGCAGAGAAAGACGAGUACUUGCGCAGCAGCGCGCCAGGUCCUGCCCUUCUCAGUGUCGGAACUCCAGUCAUUGUCGAAGGCAUUCCGGGCGUGGAGGACAUGGUCUUGGUCACUGGGCUCAACCACACAUUUUUUGCAAUCUCACUGUCCACCGGCGACGUUCUUUGGCGAUUUUCGGCAAACGGCGACUUUGUCACAAUGACACCUACUGUGUUUGCCAACGGCAUCUUCUCCGUGGCGUACAUUGCUGCACGGCCUCAUCAACUUUUCGCCAUUCGCUUGCUUGACGGCACGCAGGAAUGGAUGAGCGAUCUCGGACAAGAUUGCUACGCCCCGUCGCUUGCAGCUGGCGAUGGCGUGCUCAUCCUACCGUGCCAGAACGGCUGGAUUCAAGCCAGAAGCGUCGCCGAUGGCAGUUUCUUGUGGCUGUUUGAUGCCAGGAAGGCAGGCAUUUUGGGCGAUGCGCAGGCCUCUGUAAUUAUUGCUCCAAACUCCACCCUGUUUGCCGUGUUUCCUAACACUGCGAUAGCACUCAUCCAGAGUGCACCGCCGCCGACGCCCUCGCCGACAUCCAAUAUCGGACACAUUGCAGUGCAAGCCAUUGUGGGCGGAGUAGCCAUGGUGGUGCUCGGAUUGCUCCUCGUUGGCGUCCUUGUGUAUGACUACCGACGCAAGAAUGCCGUGUCACGGCAGUACUACAUUGGUAUCAAUACCAGCGACCCUGAGUUGCAAUGAUGGAUUGUAGACAGCUUUUUUUUCUUUUUUCUCUCUCUUUUUUUUUGGUUCCAUCUCUUGUUUGGUCAUUUUUUGAUACGUUUGAUGUUGUUUGGUGAUAUCAUGUAUGUUGUGUUUGUGUGUAUAUAUCGAUAUAUAGAUUCUUGA